CGUGCGCACAGGGCUUUGGAGUGUAACCAACAACUGCUGUCCCGGAGUCAGUGCUGUAGACUAAGAUGUUAAUAUGUGAUAGGGAAUGUACUCCAGGAGAUCCGGGUUUUCUUCUCUCCAGAGCUUGCUCCACAUAGGCUCCAGCUUGUCCCGGUGCUCUGGAUGGGAGGUUGCUCUGAACUUGCGCUAAGGCCAAAUUAUCGUUAUACCGGAAAGCGAAGCGCGAUCGAAGAACAAGGAGGGAUCAGAGGCAAAACUACUUAGACAGUAAACACGGGAUAAUGUCGAUGUUAAACAUACGAUUAGUGUAAGGAAAAUGACGUAUCAACAACCAAGAGACGCGGGUAGCCUGUCGUGAACUGGAGAUCAAUGGAAGCGAGGAUAACAUAUGGAUACAGCCGAUGUCUACAGGAGCGGGCUGUUGAUGGCAUGUCGGACAUGCACGUCGUGCCGACUGAAACAGUGUGAGACCACAGAUGGAUGCCCUGUGUAAUGGAGCCAAGAAACCUGAGGGCGGCGACCCCAUUGUAGACCCCCUGCCGCCUCCUGCCAAGCUGGCUCGUCUGGAACAAAACGGAGCGGGACCCUCUGCCCAGGAGAGGAGCUGUCAGGGUAGUCCUGUGGCCAAAACCCCCUGCCUGGUCCAGAAACCCAACUCAGUGAAGCCACAGAGCAAGAGCUGGCACAGCAAAGGGAGCCUGCUGCCGGUGUUCUGUGUGGUGGAGCACAAGGAAAGCUCUCAGGAGGGAGAGAGGAGAGAAGAGCAUGCUGAGUUUGUGUUGGUCAAGAGAGAUCUGCUGUUUAACCAGCUGAUAGAGAUGGCCCUGCUGACACUGGGCUACUCACACAGCUCUGCUGCACAGGCUAAAGGUCUGAUCCAGGUGGGCAGGUGGAACCCGGUGCCUCUUUCCUGCGUAACAGAUGCUCCUGAUGCCACCGUUGCUGAUAUGCUGCAGGAUGUUCAUCAUAUUAUCACCCUCAAAAUACAGCUGCACAGCUGUCCCAAAUUAGAAGACUUGCCACCCGAGCAGUGGAGUCACUGCACAGUGAGAAACGCUCUGAAGGAGCUCCUCAAGGACAUGAACCAGAGCUCACUGGCCAAGGAGUGUCCCCUGUCCCAGAGUAUGAUAUCAUCUAUUGUAAAUAGAACUUACUAUGCAAAUGUCUCAGCUGCCAAGUGUCAUGAGUUUGGGCGAUGGUACAAGCACUUCAAGAAGACCAAAUGCUCCAAGGAGAUUGACAGCUUCCCUGACCAGUCCACGCAUAUCACCCUCACUCAGCAGCCAAUCACAAGUAGCCCGCCUGAUCAGAGCUCCACCCUUUUUUUCUCUCAUGGAGAAGUAGCCAACAUAUGUGGCCGUUCCCCCCUCAGCCUGCGCCCUCCCGGGUUGGUUACCCAGCCUCUCAGCUCCCAAAUGGUCAACCAGCAGCUGGUGAUGGCCCAGUUUCUCAACCAGCAGUAUGCUGUUAGUCGCAUGCUAGCUGGCAAGGGUAUCUCACAGUCCCCGCAGCAGUAUCUUAACCACCCGCCUGUAGGCAGGGCUCCUCCUGCCAUGGUCUUCUCCAAAGUCCCUGAUUCCCAAGCCCAGCAGCCGGCACAGUGUGGCCCAGGGGGAGGCCAUGUAGCAGGGCUGCAAACCCAGACAUUGGCGGGGUCUUCUGUGGGGCCGACAGAUGUGCCAAGUGACAUCUACCACUGUGUGAGGGAGGAACUGAAGAGGGCAGGCAUUUCUCAAGCCAUCUUUGCCCGGGUGGCCUUUAACAGGACCCAGGGCCUGCUGUCAGAGAUUCUACGGAAAGAGGAGGACCCUAAACACGCCUCCCAGUCUCUGCUGGUCAACCUGCGGGCCAUGUAUGGCUUCUUGCAGCUGCCCGAGGCUGAGAGGGAGCGCAUCUACCUGGAGGAGAAAGACAGAAGCCUGACUGGCUUCACCCCAAGCUGCAAUAACACGCCACCAAGAUCCACACAGGCAAGACUGUCCCCAGUUACAGGGGACAGAGGCUUGAGGACAGACAGUUGUGUUCUCAGUGUCAGUGCUUCAAUCUACGAGGACAUUCAGCACGAGAUGAAGAGAGCCAAGGUGUCUCAGGCUCUGUUUGCAAAGGUGGCCGCCUCCAAGAGUCAGGGCUGGCUUUGUGAGCUGCUGCGUUGGAAGGAGGAUCCCAACCCAGAGAACAGAACACUGUGGGAGAAUCUGUGCAUGAUCUGCCGGUUCCUCAGCCUGUCCCAGACUGAACGAGACGCAAUCUAUGAACAGGAGAGCAGCAACACAAUGGCACAGCAGCACUGCACUGACAGGCUUACCCUGCUCAGCAAUGACAAUACACUGUACCAACGCAACUCUCCGCUGCCACUGCAACACCAUCUUCAACCUCACCAACCUCUGCACCCAGAGGCAGGACCUCACCUGUCUCCACGGCAACCAUGUGCCGCAUCACCAGCUGAGUCUGAGGCUGGGAGCAUCUCGGGGCACAUAAGAGUAUGUCUACAGGGCAGGGGCAGUAGUAAUGGGGACAGAGGGGACAGUAAGGACUGGGUUGAGGGGGGACAGGGAGAGAGGAGCAGUUUGGGAGGGGACUGGGUUGGUAAUGGUAAAGUGAGGGAGAAAGAUACAGAAAGAAAAGAGCAGGUGGGAGAUGGACAUGUGGGAGAGAAAGCGAUUAAUGAGAUCAUUGGAGACAGAAAUGAGGAGAAGGAGGAGCUCACUAUUAAGUGGCCCGGCAUGAAGGAUGAGGACCAAGGCGGGGCAGGGUUUUUUUCAAAGGCAGAUAAUCAGGUCCAAGGUGUAGAUGAGGUCCAAUGCGAGGGGUUAAGAGUGUCCCACGAAGCACUGGGAAUCCUACAGAGCUUCAUUCAGGACGUCGGCCUCGACCCAGACGAGGAGGCCAUCCACACCCUGUCGGCUCAGCUGGGCCUGCCCAAACACACCAUCCGAGGAUUCUUCAAAAGCCAGGACCACGAUCGGCAUCAACACGACAGCCGGAGCCCAAAACAGAGUCCAGACAGCCAGCCUGGCUGCACAGACCCAGACCUCUGCCAGAUAGACAUAACUGCAGAGGAACCGGAGGAAGAAGAUGGUGGAAGGACUGAGACUGAGGUUGAGGAGGAGAAGCAGACAGGGAGAAAUGAAACAAGCAAGAUUAUCAUUUUGAACGAAUUUGAUGUUGGCACUCAAACCAUUACAGCUAUGAAGGAGGAGCAGGAGAGCCACAUCUAACCCAAACCCAUGCAGUGACAUACGUGUUUCGACUCAGUGUUUUAUAAGUAUUUGUCUUUAAAUGCUGUGGAAAGACUAAAAGCUGAGUUAUUGUAUGUGUUUAUAUACCACAGCUUAGAAAGAUGCUGGUGGUCAUAUAUAGACAGUACACCUGCAUUAGAACGCUUAGAAAGCUGUCCUGAUUUAAACAUCUCUACUGCACCACUUGAGACAGAAAAUAACUGACUAUAUGUGCAGAUACAGUUUAAACACAUUGUUUCUAUAUACAUUUAUUUAUAUAUAUAUAUAUAUAUAUAUAUAUAUAUAUAUAUAUACAGUAUAUACACUGUAUGUAUAUGUACUGUAUAAAUGUGUGUAUAUAUAUGCCUAUAUGUAUAUAUAUAUAUAUAUAUAUAUGUAUAUAUAUAUGUAUGUAUGUAUACAUAUGUACUGUAUGUCUGUAUGUGUAUGUAUAUGUAUAUACAUUGUUUUUAUAUACAUAUAUAUAUAUAUAUAUAUAUAUAUAUAAAUAAUGUGUCUGGAUGGAUGGGACCCAAUACAAAGAGCCUCAGAUUACAUGUCACUAUUA